CUACCACACGCUCUGUUGUCUGUAUAUAUUGGGCUUUUCAAAUUUUUCACGCUUACACUGUGUCAGUUCUGGGCUAGUUUGGACGCCGCAUGGUGGAAAAUGUCGCAGUACUCAGGAAAGAUAGUAUUUUAUGAGGGGAGAUGCUUCACGGGCCGGAAGCUGGAGGUCUUUGGCGACUGCGAUAACUUCCAGGACCGGGGCUUCAUGAACCGCGUCAACUCCAUCCGCGUGGAGAGCGGGGCCUGGAUCUGCUACGAUCACCCCGACUUCAAGGGCCAGCAGUACAUCCUGGAGCGCGGCGAGUACCCCGAGUUCCAGCGCUGGAAUGGACACAACGACCACAUGGGCUCCUGCAGACCCAUCAGGAUGCACGGAGAACACUACAGAAUGGAGAUGUUUGAGGGUGCCAACUUCACCGGACAGUGCAUGGAACUGUGUGACGACUGCCCAUUCCUGCAGAGCCGCGGCUUCAGCAAGAACUGCAUCAAUUCUCUCAAAGUCUACGGCGACGGAGCCUGGGUUAUGUAUGAGGAGCCCAACUACCGCGGACGCAUGUACAUUGUGGAGAGAGGAAACUACAGCUGUCACACGGAAUGGCAAGGACACAAUGCCAACAUCCAGAACGCCACUAUCCAGUCCAUCCGUCGGGUGGUUAACUACUUCUAAACCGUGACCUGUGGGAGGGCCAGAGCCUUUUACCUUUUACCUGAACUGUAAAAAAUAAAAUGCAUAACACAA